GGCCGCGCUGCCGCCGGGUCUCCGGCCUUGAGGGCUCGGGCUCGCAGCGGCGGCUGUGGCCGCAAGAAGAGGCGGCGGGGGCGGGGGGAGAGGAGGGCCCGGGCCCGCGCUCCCCCAGCCCCGGAGGAGCAGACGGCGGCCGCGGAGGGAGAGAUUCGCCUGGGCGGCCGGACACUCCUGGCAUCCCCGCCUGGGAUCAUGACCCAGGCGGGGGUUGCUGCCGCCGCCGCGUCCGCCGCGGCCGAGACUGCGCAGCCCGCGGAGCUUAGCACUGUCAACAAGGGAAAAGAAAAGCUAAGAAAACUGAGAAUGUUUACUCAGGUUAGAAGAUAAGCUUCAACAGUAAGAAGAAAACAUAACAUAUAGACCACCUUCCAGCAGAAGAUGAUAGAUUUGGAUCAGAAACGGGAGGCGCUGGAAGCCAGGAAUCAAAAGUGAAGAAAUUCUGCAAACCCUUGGGUUCCUAUCACUGUAACCAUGCCAGAAAUGACAGAGAAUGAGACUCCUACAAAAAAGCAGCACCGAAAGAAAAACCGUGAGACACACAAUGCAGUGGAGAGGCAUAGAAAGAAGAAAAUCAAUGCUGGGAUAAACAGAAUAGGAGAGCUGAUCCCAUGUUCCCCUGCCCUGAAACAGAGCAAGAAUAUGAUCUUGGACCAAGCCUUUAAAUAUAUAACAGAAUUGAAAAGGCAAAAUGAUGAACUCCUGCUUAAUGGAGGAAACAAUGAACAAGCUGAAGAAAUUAAAAAGCUACGGAAACAACUGGAAGAAAUACAAAAAGAAAAUGGCCGAUACAUUGAAUUACUGAAAGCAAAUGACAUAUGCUUAUAUGAUGACCCCACAAUCCACUGGAAGGGAAAUCUUAAAAAUUCGAAGGUCUCUGUUGUUAUUCCUACUGACCAGGUUCAAAAAAAUAUCAUUGUUUAUUCAAACGGGAGUCAGCCUGGUGGAAACAGCCAGGGAACAGCUGUUCAGGGGAUAACCUUCAAUGUCGGUCAUAAUUUACAAAAGCAGACCGCCAAUGUGGUGCCAGUACAGAGGACUUGCAAUCUUGUGACUCCUGUAUCUAUUUCUGGAGUUUACCCUUCUGAAAACAAGCCAUGGCAUCAGACCACAGUUUCUGCACUGGCUGCCAACCAGCCUGUUCCUCUUUGUCUUCCUGCUGCCAUUUCUACUCAAAACAUUCUUGAGCUUUCCACCUCAGAAAGCGAAUCAAGUGUGCUUGGUGCCACCAGUGGCUCACUGAUUGCUGUUCCAUUUGGGCCUGAAUCUCAACAACAUCGUUCCUUUCACACAUCUCUAAAUGAUCAAAAUCCUUCUGAAAAUAUGAAUGGGCAAGAGAGCCCCAAAUUAUUGCAGAAAACAGUCUCUUGUGCUACGAGCAUCCCCUCCAGCUCCUCAGCAACUGCCACUAAAGUGCAGCAUGGAAGCAAGCCCUGUCGGAGUAAACAGGACUGCAGAAGUGAUUUGCAAAGCACUUUUGUUGUUUCAGUUGCCACCACAGUCUGCUCUCAACGUCCCAGAUCUGUAGGUAAUUCUUUUCCGGUGAACAUUAACAAGGGUACAGACUCGACAAGUAGUUCCACAGUGGUGUCACCAUCAGCCCCUGACCUAGGGAAGACUGUCACUCCUGUAAGCAGUGUUUCUGCAAAUCCUUUGGACAGUGGUUGGACUCUUUCUUGUUCUUUGCCUUCUUCGAGUAUUAGUGCUUCAGAUUUGAAAAAUAUUAGUAGCCUUAUCCGAAUUUCCUCAGCUGGAAAUACACAGACAACGUGGACUACUUUGCAAUUGGCGGGAAACACCAUUCAGCCCUUAAGCCAGACACCAUCUACCAUUGUGACCCCAGAAUUAAAUGAAUCUGGUACCAGCCCCACUGCAACCAACCACAGUAGACAUGUGGCUACAGGAAUCAACUUGAAUAAUUCCUUUCCAGCAGAUGGGCAGCCAGUUGAGCAAGUUGUUGUAACCUUGCCUUCAUGUCCAUCUAUACCUAUGCAGCCACUAAUUGCCCAGCCACAAGUUAAAUCUCAGCCUUCAAAAAAUAUCCUUCCAUUGAAUUCAGCAAUGCAAGUGAUUCAGAUGGCUCAGCCGGUUGGGUCGGCUGUUAAUGCAGCUUCAGCUAAUCCAAAUGUUAUCAUUCUUCAGCCACCCAGCACCACCCCAUGCCCAACAGUGGUGAGAGCAGAGGUUCCCAGCCAAACAGUAGGUCAACAGAUAGUGAUCAUACAGGCAGCUAAUCAGAAUCCUUUGCCACUCCUCUCUGCUCCACCUCCUGGUUCUGUGAGACUCCCUGUCAAUGGAGCCAGUGCUAUAAUAGGGUCUAAUAAUUCAGUGCAAAAUGUUUCAACCCCACAAACUUUUGGAGUAAAGCAUCUUGUCCACAUUUUACCAAGACCUUCCUCUUCAUCAACAUCUAAUUCAACACAAACUUUUUCUGUUGCCGUGUCAAGCCAACAAGAAUCUCAAACCAUUUCUUUAAACGGACAGCUCUUUGCUUUGCAGCCUGUGAUAUCUUCAUCAGGAACUACAAAUCAAACCCCUAUGCAAAUUAUUCAGCCCACCACCAGCGAAGAUCCAAAUACCAAUGUUGCCCUGAAUACAUUUGGUGCUUUGGCCAGCCUCAAUCAAAGCAUAUCACAGAUGGCUGGGCAAAGCUGUGUACAAUUGUCUAUUAGCCAGUCUGCCAAUCCUCAAACUGCUGCAAAUAGUCAAAUCACCACAGCUAACUGUGUUUCAUUAACAACUACUGUAGCGCCUCCCGUGACAAUGGAUAAUUCAGCCACACUACCCAGUACUUAUAAUCUAGUGACUACUCCCUCAGUGAACACUGUAGCUUGUUUGCCAUCUAAUGCGAGGUCAAAAAGGAUGAGUAAGAAGCCAGGUGCCAAGAAACACUUAGUAGCUAUCAAGUCAGCAGGUCCCCUGAGUCCAGCCAGAGAUGUGGGGAAGUUAGACUGCCCCUGCACUGAAGGCUCAACAGAGCCAUCAUGUAACGAUGAACUGCUGGAAAACCUCCCUGUUGUGUUACCAUCUGUUGCUAUGUCCCAGGCAAAUAGUGUAAGUGUUUCUGGUUCACAUUCUUUGGAAGUUGUGAAUUCUGAAUCAGUGAUAUCUGAGUCUGUAUCCAAAUCUAAGUCAGCAGAAGAGUCUAGCUCAUCCUCCCAAGAGGCUGUGACAAGCAAACAUUUUGCAGUUGUCCCAGCAAAAUCCAAAGAUUCUUCCCCCAUUUUGCAUCAAGAGACAUCUCAGGAUAAGCCACCAACUGGUUUGGCAUUGUCAGAUGCUGCCACAUCCUGCACUUCAGCCAACGUGUUGAUUCCAUCUCCAAACGAUCCCCACAUUUUGGUUUCUCAGGUUUCCGAGUUGUCCUCUACCACACGUACUACAAAUACUGACUGUGUUUCUGAGGUAGAAAUCAUUGCUGAACCUUGCAAGGCUGAGCAAGAUUCAUCAAAUACAACGCAAACCACAGGUCUCUUAAAGGGGCCAAGUUUAACUGCCUUGCUAUCUGAUCUUGCUAAAGAGAAAGACCCUCAGAAAACAUCUCUUUCAGUCCAGGUGGAUGAUCCUGACUUCUCUUCUGAAAAGUCUAAAAUGGUUGAUUCAAGUGUGCAUUUGCAUUCCAAACAGGAACUGUUGCUGAUGAACAGCGAUGGUGGAGAUCCCCCACAGCAUCAUUCCUGCCUCCCUGAUCAGGAGGUUAUUAAUGGUUCUUUGCUCACUAGUAGACAGGCUGACUCUCCCAUGUCAACCAGCUCUGGCAGUAGCCGUAGUUUCUCAGUUGCAUCCAUGCUUCCUGAAACAACUAGAGAGGAUGUGACCAGCAGUACAGCAACCAAUACGUGUGACAGCUGUACCUUUGUAGAACAAACUGAUAUAGUAGCUCUUGCAGCAAGAGCUAUUUUUGACCAUGAGAACCUGGAGAAGGGAAGAGUUGGCAUCCAGGCCGAUAUAAGGGAAGCUUCUUCCAAGCCUUCUGAGACAUCAUCUUUAGAGGGUGGCCAGCCUUUCAAAACACAGAUACCUAAAGAGAAUGGCACAGGACAGGCAGAAGCAAUGCCGAAUGAAUUCAAUUCUCAGGAUUCAAUUGAAGCAACUGUGGAUAGGCCCCUGGAAAAACCUAGUUGUUCUGUAGGAAUUAAAACAUCGAAUUCCUCUUUACAGGUUUCAUCUUCUCAGCCACCAACCAUCACCAGUUUAAGUGUGAAUAAUCUUAUCCAUCAGAGCAACAUCAGCCAUCCUCUAGUCAGCUGUGCAGGUUUAUCCCAAACUUCAGAGCAAACGACUGUUCCUGCAACUGUUAAUCUGACGGUUUCAUCCAGCUCCUAUGGCAGUCAGCCUCCUGGACCACCUUUGAUGACUGAAUAUUCUCAAGAACAGCUAAAUCCUAUGACUAGUACCAUACCAAAUUCGCAGAUUCAAGAGCCACUCUUAAAGCCAAGUCAUGAAAGCCGUAAAGAUUCUGCUAAGCGUGCUGUUCAAGAUGAUCUUUUACUUUCUUCAGCUAAACGUCAAAAGCAUUGUCAGCCAGCCCCACACAGGCUUGAAAAUAUAUCCUUGAUGAGCCGAACACCAGACAGCAUUUCGGAUCAAACUCAAAUGAUGGUUGGUCAGAUCCCUCCCAACUCUUCAAACUCGGUUGUGCCUGUUAGCAACCCAGCACAUGGAGAUGGCCUUACACGGUUAUUUCCACCUACUAACAACUUUGUGGCCCCUGUACUGAGGCAGAAUGAAGUUCAGUGCACUUCCCAGCCUUCAGUUGCUGAGCAGCAGCAAACCCAGGCAAGUCAGCACCUACAGGCCCUGCAACAGCAUGUUUCAACUCAAGGGGUGUCUCACCUUCAUAGUAACCAUCUCUACUUAAAGCAGCAGCAGCAACAGCAAGCAGGGCAGUUAAGAGAGCGGCAUCACCUGUAUCAACUGCAGCAUCAUGUACCUCAUGCAGAGAGCUCUGUCCACUCUCAGCCCCAUAAUGUCCACCAACAGAGAACUCUACAACAGGAAGUUCAGAUGCAGAAAAAGAGGAAUCUCAUUCAGGGCGCUCAGGCCUCUCAGCUCUCCUUACAACCGAAGCACCAUGGAUCUGAUCAAUCCCGACCUAAGAGUGGUCAGCCACAUCCCCACCAUCAACAGCUGCAGCAACAGAUGCAACAACACUUCGGAAGCUCCCAGCCAGAGAAGAGCUGUGAUAACCCUUCAACAAGCCGGAACCACCAUGGCCAUCCUCAGAACCAUCUUAACCAAGACAUUAUGCACCAGCAGCAGGAUGUUGGAAGCAGACAGCAAGGUUCAGGGGUUUCUUCUGAGCAUAUAUCUGGGCAUAAUACAAUGCAGAGACUUUUGACAUCAAGAGGAUUAGAGCAGCAAAUGGUGUCCCAACCGAGUAUUGUGACCAGACCUUCAGACAUGACCUGUACUCCACACAGGCCAGAGAGAAAUAGAGUUUCAAGUUAUUCUGCCGAGGCACUCAUUGGAAAGACAUCUUCCAAUUCAGAGCAGAGAAUGGGUAUAUCAAUUCAGGGUUCAAGAGUUUCAGAUCAGCUUGAAAUGAGGAGUUAUCUUGAUGUUCCUAGAAAUAAGAGCUUGGCCAUUCAUAAUAUGCAGGGUCGUGUGGACCAUACCAUUGCCUCAGAUAUCCGCCUUUCUGAUUGUCAGACAUUUAAGCCAGGUGGAGCCAGUCAGCAGCCCCAGAGUAAUUUUGAAGUACAAUCUUCAAGAAAUAAUGAAAUAGGUAACCCUGUAUCAUCAUUGAGGAGUAUGCAGUCCCAGGCUUUUCGAGUUAGUCAAAACACUGGUCCACCAAUUGACCGUCAAAAGAGAUUACCGUAUCCACCAGUUCAGAGCAUUCCUACGGGAAAUGCGAUUCCACCAAGGGAUGGUGAAAAUACAUGCCACCAAAGUUUCAUGCAGAGUUUACUUGCCCCUCACCUCAGUGAUCAAGUCAUUGGGAGCCAGAGAUCACUCUCAGAACUUCAGAGGAACACACAGUGUGGUCCAUCCUCUACAAUUGAAUAUAAUUGUCCCCCAACUCAUGAAAGCAUCCAUAUUAGAAGAGAGAGUGAGAGUCAGAAUAGAGAAAGUUGUGACAUGUCCUUAGGUACAAUUAAUGCCAGGAACAGCACCUUGAAUAUUCCUUUUUCAAGUUCUUCUUCCUCAGGAGAUAUUCAGGGUCGAAACACAAGUCCCAAUGUGUCUGUACAGAAGUCUAAUCCCAUGAGGAUCACUGACAGUCAUGGGACCAAGGGCCCCAUGAAUCCUCCAGUCACAACCAACAUGCAUGCAACUGCAAGGCCAGCCUUGCCGCAUCCAUCUGUGUCUCACGGAAAUGCUGAGCAAGGGCCUCCUGCACGUCAGGCAAAUUCUUUGGUUCCCCAGCGAUCAAGGCAUCCUCUGCAAGACAGCAGUGGUCCCAAAAUUCGUCAACCUGAAAGGAAUCGUUCUGGAAACCAAAGACACAGUAAUGUCUUUGAUCCAAGUCUUCCCCAUCUUCCUCUGUCUACUAGUGGCAGUAUGAUUCUUGGACGCCAACAACCCACUACAGAGAAGAGAGGAAGUAUUGUUCGUUUUAUGCCUGAUAGCCCACAAGUACCUAAUGAUAAUUCAGCUCCUGACCAGCAUACGCUAUCACAAAAUUUUGGAUUUCCUUUUAUUCCUGAAGGUGGCAUGAAUCCACCUAUAAAUGCUAAUACUUCUUUCAUUCCACAGGUUACUCAGCCCAGUGCCACUCGAACUCCAGCCCUCAUCCCAGUAGAUCCCCAAAAUACUCUGCCCUCCUUCUAUCCCCCAUACUCUCCUGCUCAUCCGACACUGUCCAAUGAUAUUUCGAUCCCCUAUUUUUCUAAUCAAAUGUUCUCAAAUCCUAGCACUGAGAAAGUAAACAGUGGAAGUUUAAAUAACCGAUUUGGAUCAAUUUUAUCUCCUCCCAGACCUGUUGGUUUUGCUCAACCAAGUUUUCCUCUUCUCCCUGAUAUGCCACCGAUGCACAUGACCAACUCUCACUUGUCCAAUUUUAAUAUGACAUCUUUGUUUCCAGAAAUAGCUACAGCUCUUCCUGAUGGCUCAGCAAUGUCACCCUUGCUUACAAUAGCAAACUCCUCUGCCUCUGACUCUUCCAAGCAGUCCUCGAACAGACCUGCCCACAACAUAAGCCAUAUUUUAGGUCAUGAUUGCAGUUCAGCUGUUUAAAUACUGGUAGAUUAAAUGUAAAUGUAAUGAGUGAAACUAAAGUGUAUUUGUGUGCGCAUGCACACAUACUUGUACCUGAAGAAUGAGAUUGUGGGUGUAUGUCUUCGUGCUUGUAUAAUCAAUUUUCAGUUUUAUUCUGAAUGUAGGGAAGCCACUUCACUGAUGAUGCAGAUUGUCAAAAACAAAAUUUUUUUAAAACUGCAUGGUGUGCUUUCUUAUUUCCCAAACAGACUUACAUUUACAAGUUUGAUUUAUCUUUUAUUCCUUAAAUACAAAUCACUUGAAAGUUUGGGGAGAUCAUCUUGGCAUGUGCUGCAUAUGUAGGAAGGAACCUAGAUUUUAAACUUGAUUGUUGGUAAUUUGUAAAUUAUAUAGUUGAGUUGCUAUCCAAAAAUAUAGACAAAGUGAUAUAACACAAUGACUUAUAACCAAAUGCUGGUGAGUGUCGGCAUCUAGAGCAGUUUCUUAAACGUGGCAGGCACUGAAGUAAUGUUGAAUUAUAUGUCCAUGGUUAUAGUCAGGCAGUUAGCAUAUAAAUGAAUUAUGUAUAAUCAGCCUUUAUCCCCAAGGUUUUAUUCAAGUUGAGGCUCCUUUUUUGAUUAUAAUAAUUCAUAACUUAUUUGAAUUUCGUGUCUUGUUCUUCAAAUUGGGGAGCCAUGUUAUUCUUUAAUGUGCCAAGAUCCUUUAAAGCAAAGGUCUUCCUUAGACAAUUAGCCUUAAAAAUGAAAGCUAAAAAGUAAAGUACAUGAAUUUUCUCCAUUUUGUACUUUCAUUUUGCAUCAGGCCCUAAGGAUAAAAGCAGUAAUACGAAGUUUUGCAUGUGUUCUUUUAAUGAUUGUUGUUUCAUCAGUUGAGUUUUGUUUUAGUAUUCUGUCUUCAUUCUAUUUAUUGAAUCUUGAAAUAAAUUGUUUUGCAUUCAUUAAUCAUUAGGACUAAUCAUCAGCGAGUAGUUGUGUUUGGAUGCUGCACAUUCAUUUGAGCCUUAUUUUUAAGAUAUGUCUGAGCAGAGUCUUAAUCUCUGUCAGUAUUUUCAUUUAUUGAUAUUUAUAUUUAAAAUAUGGCAUUGUACAUUGCAUUAUUAGCCUUCAUAAUAGAAUUAUAAUGAGAUGAAUUUUUCAUUAUUUUUUCUGAUGGUAGAGGUGCUUUGGAAAAAGUCUUUUAUACAUAUCCGUGUGUGUGUGUGUGUACAGAAAUAGAUUUUAAAGUAUAAACUGGUUCUUUAAAAAUAGGCCUGCCCUCUGUAAAUGGAAAAUUGAGAACUGAGAUCUGCUGAAAUAUAGAAAAACUUGAUGUAGGGGUUUAAAAAACUCCCACUGAAAUUAAUAAUUAAUUUAAAACCCAUGCACACUCAGAGAGACACACACAUGCAUACUCAUUGAAUUUUGAAAACUUAGCAACAAAAAACUAAGAAAACAACCUCUACACUCAUAUUCUUAAACCCAUUGCUUUUUGUUGUUGCUGUAUUCUGCCAAAAAUGGGAUGGGGUGGGGCAGAGGAAGGGAAACAUGCAUGUAAAUUGUUUGCUCUGUUAAAUUAAACCCAAGGACCAGCAUUUUUUUCUUCCUAUAAAAAUCUUCCUAAGUCUUGGUCAGAGCAGUUAAUUCCUGUGAAUACCUCUUCUAAAGACUCAGCAAAAGGGUCAUCUGUGCCUCUUCAACUGUUCUAACCAAACUUUCCUAUCUAUCUAUUCCUGCUGCCGAUGAAAGCAGCCUCCUGGGGACAAAAAAAAAAAAAAAAAAAAAUUGUUGUGAACAAGGAAAACUUCUGUUUUUCUCC